AUGUCAAUGAGUUGUACCACUGUGUUAAUGUGCUUCGAGAAAGCAUGGUGGCACUACUGUUGCUACAGUCGAUGGUUCUGUUCAUUGUCACACGAGUUAUCUUGUACUGUUCCGUAUAUGCACAUAUGAAAAGAAUAUUUAUUUUAUUAUGACUGAAGUCACGAAUCUGAAUUUCAACAAAAUAUAUCCACACUUGGAGCGUGUGUUAAGAAAUGCCAAUUUCAUAGCAAUUGAUACAGAACUGACAGGUAUAGAAGAUAAUGAAAACAAAAAUAGUUUGUUCGAUUCCACAGAGGAACGCUAUGAGAAACAAAGAAGCAAUAUUCAGUCGUAUAUAAUAAUACAGUUUGGUAUCUCUGCGUUUCAACGAGUACCGAAUAAAAAUGAAUACACUGCGGAGGCCUUUAAUUUCUUUCUGCUGCCUAGAUCUAUUCCAUCAAAGAAUAGACGAUUUGUUUGGCAGGUUGCAGCACUAGAAUUUCUGGCUACAUAUGGAUUUGAUUUCAACAAAUUUGCUUAUAAAGGAAUUUCAUAUCUCAAUGAGGUUGAGCAUGAAAUUUUACAAAAACAACUACAGGAGAAUGUAUUAUUUCGCAAUGUGGAAAGAUCUGUUUCCUAUAAAGAAGAAGAUGAUCUUAAAGAUUAUAUCAAUCAAGUAGCUGAAUGGUUGAGCACAGCUGAUGAUGCAAGUUCACUUAAAAUUACCACUUCUACUCCAAUUCUGCAGUAUCUUACGCACAAAGAAUUGAGAAAUCGUUUCUCAAAUGUUUGGACUAUUUCAGGAAAUAAUAUGGUCACUGUGAUGAAAAUACCACCAGAAUCGAGAGAAAUGUUUGAACAAGAAGAAAAAGAUUACAUACUGGAAAAUAUUUUACUCGAAUCAUAUAUAGGUUUUUCAAAAGUAUUCAAGCUCUUGGUCGCUUUAAAAAAACCUAUAAUAGCGCAUAAUGCUUUGUUAGAUUUUAUGUUUAUGUAUCAACAAUUUUACAAGCCAUUACCACAAAAGUAUAUUAAUUUCAAGAAUAAUAUACAUGAAUUGUUUCCAACAAUUUACGAUACCAAAUUUUUAAGCUUUGAACUGAGAGAACUUCUUCAAACUGAAGAAAGGUGGAAAUCUAAUUCUUUAAGCGGUUUAGUCGCCUAUUUUACAGAAAAGCAACAAAGAAAUAUUAUAUUAGGAUCACCUGCUAUUAAACUCAUCUCUCAUAUAGAUUCAAAAAAAUCAAGUGUGAUUGUACCUGCUGCAAAAUAUCAUACUGCAGGUUGGGAUGCCUAUUUUGCCGGUUAUGUAUUUAUCAAAAUAGCUCAUAUAUUUGCUAAAAAGAAUUAUACAGAAUGUUCAACAUUGCAACAUUUCACACAUACAGAAUUAAUGAGCGGUGUGAAAAGAUUUUCAAACUGUGUAAAUAUCAUUCGCGGCAAUGCGUCACAUUUGAAAUUUGAUGGACCUGAACCUAAAUCCACUCGACCGCAGUGGCUUUAUGUGAAAACGUUAGCUUCGAAACCAAUCACUGCUUUGCAGAUAGCUGAAAAAAUGUCGACAUUCGGCAACGUUGACGUGAAGCAGUGCACAUCAAAGCGCGUAUUAGUCGCAGUUGCAAAUCACGGGAGCGCACGAGACAUAAUACAACACUUCAAACAAAACAAGGAGCUAUAUGUAGUGCCUUAUAAUCCGAUACGGCACUCACCUUCAGUUCAAUUCUUUUUAUGGGGCAGCAUAGUUCUUUCUAGCGGAUUUUUUGCAUGGAUGCUGCAUCAGAAACUUCAAAAAGGGACCUCUUAGGUGUGAACUGUAAAUAUUCUGUAGGAUAGCAUAAAGAAGGUACCAGUUUUGUUCACUUAGAAAUAUAUUUUUUAGUUGACUUGAUUUAAAAAAAAAACAUGUGAAGCUAAACCAAAUGUAAAGAAUGGAAGAUAGUGUGCAAUAAUGAAAGAUAAAGUACAACAGUGUCAACAGCUCUGUCAUAAAGCUCGACGUUGCUUUGUACCCUGAAAUUGCAGCAAGAUCUGCAAAAAUGAUUUCAGAUUAAUGCGCGAAUUUGUUGUUGAAAUUAAAAUAGGUGAUCGUGGAAUACUUUACUUUAUUAAAAUACUAUUUUCGACGAACAACAAGGUUACUCCUGUAAAAUUAGACGAACAAAGCAUAUGACAUUGUGAUUCCGAGAUACAGAGAUGACAAGCAUUUUACGCUUCGCCGCAAUGUCUGUCGCCAUUCUGUUUAAAUUUAAGAUUUAGCUCAGGGAGCGGAAUCUUCGCGGGAAUUGUUAUUAUUAUGACUUGUGGCGAGAGCUCGAGGGUUCUAAGUCGGCGCAAGUUUAAAGCUCGUUUUCAAGUCGAGCAGGAAGUGUGCUCUACACGCACGCUUGCCAAAGUGACGUUCUUUCUCUCUCUCUCUCUCUUUCUCUCUUUCUUUCUCUCUCUCGCUCUUUCUUUGAAAAAAUCCAAUUAUUCCCGUCGCGAUCAUGAACCGUCGAUCGCCACGCGCACGUCCAUCCAUCAUCUAUGCUUCUUUUUUCCUCGUUGCUUCUCCCUUUCGCGCUUUUUCGUUAUGGCUCGUCUACCUCGAAAAAUCGUACACUUGUUACGUCACACAUCACGCUAAGAUUCCGCAUCUGUAUCCUCUGUCCGUAUAAAAAGCGACAUUUUUCUCAGCAACGCGCGGAGAUUUAUGUGCAAAAAUAAAUGAGGCAAACUCUCAUAAAUCUGUACCUUGGAAUUUAACUGUUUUAAGUUUAAAAAAAUAAAUUCUUACAUUUUUUCGCUGCAACGUCGCAAAGUGUAUUUGCUUUUAAAGCCAAGGCAUUGUUUUUUCCCUUUAAUUUUACUUGAGAGAAAAGUCGAGUUUAUUUCUUUAUUAUUUCUUUAUUUUCAUAUUUUUGCAGAAAACUUUUAUAAUAAAUUUAAUUAGAUUUUCUGUCGCUUAUGAAUACUUUGAGAGCAAUCGAACAUUUUUUUUAACAGUUGUUGUAACUUUUAUAUAUCUAGUAAAAUUGCGAGAUUCCUUUCUGAAACCAUUCAUAAAGCAUCCGGUUGCUCCAAAUUCCUUAAUCCAAGCUCCGGAGAUAUUUCAACUGCAACUGUGGAAAGGUUAACGUUAACGUUAAAUUUAAUUUCAUUCCCAUUAACUCUCCACUUCUGUUCAGAAUUAAAAUGCGAAAUAGACAAAGUAAAUUAAACAUUAACAAUGUUAAAACCGUAAAAGUGAUACAAAGUAUCCAGAUACUAGUAUUUUUCUCUUUAGGUAUUGUUUUUACUGUAUAUCCAAAUAUUUUGCGGAUUAAGCAAUCUGAAUGUAUUUCUUUUCAAGUAUCUGUAUCGAAAAUAAACUCUUUACGUCACUACUGUAA